UGCUCUGCCCUGCCCUGCCCUGCCCCGCGCCCCGCACCAUGGACGGGCUCCUGGAGCCCUUCCCCGCCGAGCGCCUCUUCCCCGGCGCCGGCGCCGUCUCCGGCUUCCUGGACCUGGGCGACCUCAACGAGGCGGAUUUCCUCGGCAGUGUGCAUUUCUCUGAGAAUCUGGAUCACUUCUCUGAGAACAUGGAGGAUUUUUCCAAUGAACUCUUCAGCAGUUUCUUUGAUGAUCCAAUGCUGGUUGAAAAGAACCCUCUGCUGGACAUGGACCUGGACCCUCCCACUCCUGGCAUCCAGGCAGAGCACAGCUACUCACUCAGUGGAGACUCUGCCCCCCAAAGUCCCCUCAUGCCUGUCAAGACUGAAGAUAAUGCUAAUGAUCUGGAGAAUGGAGUGUGGUCCUUAGGACACAAGCUGUGCUCCAUCAUGGUGAAGCAGGAACAGAACCUGGUCCCAGAACUUCCCAAGUCCCAGCUUACAGCCAGUUCGGUGCCAGUGCUGAACCUCAACCAGCUGCAGAGACUACCAGCUCCUGAGGAGGCUCCUAUAGAAAUUACUCCACCACCUGUGAUCAAAGCUGAGCCCAAGGAGGUGAACCAGUUUCUAAAUGUACCUGCAGAUGACUUGGUGCAGAUGCCUCCAACUCCCCCCAGCAGCCACGGCAGUGACAGUGAUGGAUCCCAGAGUCCACGGUCCCUGCCUCCCUCCAGCCCAGUCCGGCCAGCUGCUCGCUCUUCUGCUGCAAUCUCCUCCUCUCCUCUCCUCACAGCACCACAUAAAUUACAAGGGACUUCAGGUCCCCUGCUCUUGACUGAGGAGGAAAAACGCACCCUGAUUGCUGAGGGCUACCCCAUCCCAACCAAGCUGCCCCUGACCAAAGCAGAGGAGAAAGCACUGAAGAGGGUCAGGAGGAAAAUCAAGAACAAGAUCUCUGCUCAGGAGAGUCGCAGAAAAAAGAAGGAAUACGUAGAGUGUCUAGAGAAAAAGGUUGAGACUUACACAUCGGAGAACAAUGAACUCUGGAAAAAAGUGGAGACCUUGGAAAAUGCAAACAGGACUUUGCUCCAGCAGUUACAGAAGCUCCAGGCUCUGGUGACUGGGAAGGUCUCCAGACCUUAUAAAAUGGCUUCUACACAGACGGGGACCUGCCUAAUGGUGCUGGUGCUCUGCUUUGUUCUGGUCCUGGGAUCCAUGAUGCCAUGUCUCCCUGAAUUCUCCUCAGCAUCACAGACCGUGAAAGCAACCCCAGCACCAGACAUUUAUACAACCAGUAAGAUUCAGUCACGGAGCCUCCUGUUCUACGAUGAGGGUGCUGGCUCUCUAGAGGAGAGCUACAGCUCCUUCCUACCUGUGGAGCAUCCUGAUGGCUGGGAGACUGACAAGGGGCAGUCUGAGGAGAGGAGGCCUCAAGAGCGCGUACUCGGCCACCUGGCAAGGACACAUGAGACAGCCAAGUACCUAAGCAAGUCCCAGCUGGAGGGUCCAGACCAGAACCAGACUGAUCCAACUCUCACUCACCUCAAAAAGCAGUUCCAUGAAAGGGAGAGAAGCUCCAGUGACUCAGCUGAAUAUUUGUAGCAGCUGCCGGACCUCAAGGCCUCGUCUGUCUGGAUGCAGGAUCCCCUCCUAGCUGAGUGAUUGAGGAGACUUUGUGGGAGAGGACACUGCAUUCAGAUGCUCCCAAACUGGUCUUGGGUUCAUCCUUCCCCUUCUUGCCUGUGCCCUCUUGUUAGUAUGGAACACUCUGAUGGGAGUCACAGUGACUG